AUGAACGUGAUGGAACGCAUCACUAGCAAGUAUUCUCCCCCGCAGAGCUCCGCCACUUUUGGCAAACACGGUCACUCUUCCACUAACCUGCUGGAGAAGUCAUGUGGAGGGACAGGUCGGUGCGUCCACCCCUCGGAGGUCGAUCCCACUCGAUGCGACCUCCUGACGAAGUCCCCCGCCUGCCCAGCAAGUAUGGCCUGCUGCGUCAGCGUUAAGUGGAGGACGAGGAAGAGGAGGCAAGACGGAGAGAAAGACACGAGUAUCGAUCUUUAUCCAAAAAACAAGAAACCUUCAAAACCACCAUUUGGAGGGAAGCAGCCUGGAGCGAAGGCUGGCAAAAGGCGAAGGGGGAAUAAAAAAUAUGAGAGAAACAAACACGGCAAGGAAGAAGGAAGAAGGAAUAAAAAAGGCAUUACAAAAGGUGGUAAAAGGAACAAGAAGAGUAAUGCAAGAAGCAAAAAGGGUUCUAGAAAUUCAAAAAGAAGGAAGCAGAAGAGAGAAAAGAAGAUGAAGAAGAAAGAGAGAAAUGAAAAAAGAAACAAGCUAAUGGGAGACCACAAAGAAGGGAAACGUAAGAAAGACGGAAAUAGAAGGACAGUCAGUAAAAAUAGACUGGGCAGAAAGAAGAACGAGAAGCGCCAGCAUGGAAGUAGAAAUGAAAAAAGACUCACUAAAAGCAAGGGUGACCAGCGGACUGCAACCAAAGAUAUAAAAGUAUUCAUCACGAGAGACGAAAUAACACACUCCGAGGCAAAGGACAGUUCGUCCUGCCCUACGAACGACCAGUGCCUGCGCCUAGGGGGCUGCUGCGUGGCACUCAACCUCGCCAACGUGUUCAACUGCGACGAAGUGAACAACGAGUGUCCGAACGAGUCAUCCUGUAGGUGCUGCAUCGGCGGGGCGUUGGGCAGCGGCGGAGCGGAGGGCGGGGAGUCGGUUCUGGGCAGUUACGAGGUCGUUUCGGGCGACGACGACAGCUGGAGCUACUGCCCUCUGACUUCCCAGUGCGGCGUGCCCGGUCGUGCCUGCGUCACGGCCAACGUUGCAAAUUCAUUCAACUGCGACUCGGUAACAGACGAGUGUGGGGGUGACUGUUUCUGCUGCAUUGGAGGGACACUCGGAGAUUCUCAUGUCGGUAGUGGCGGCACAAGUGGUGGUGGUAGUGGUGACAGUGGUGGUAGUGAUGGUAGUUACGAGGUCGUUUCGGGCGACGACGACAGCUGGAGCUACUGCCCUCUAACUUCCCAGUGCGGCGUGCCCGGUCGUGCCUGCGUCACGGCCAACGUUGCAAAUUCAUUCAACUGUGACUCGGUAACAGACGAGUGUGGGGGUGACUGUUUCUGCUGCAUUGGAGGGACACUCGGAGAUUCUCAUGUCGGUAGUGGUGGUAGUGAAGAUGGUGGAGAUGCAGGAGGAGGAGGAGGAGGUGCAGGGGGAGGAGGAGGAGAUACAGGGGGAGGAGGAAGCGAUGGAGGCGAUGGAAAUGGCGACUCUUCUGGCGGUGGAAAAUUCUGCGAAGCAAAGUGGAAGUGUGCUAAACGUGGAGGAGUCUGCAGAUCAGAUGAGCUACAUGAGUGCAAGAAAGUAACAAAUAAGUGCGGAGGCAACGGCUGCUUUUGCUGCAUCAUGGAAAAAGUAAAUGAAUGCAAGCAAGAUCGAUCUUGUCACUCGGAAGGAGGCAUCUGCAUGCAAAACUGCUACCAGGAUGAUAAAAUAAUACCAGGAAAGUGCGAAGAAGAGUGCUCGUGCUGCGUCGCUCCAGAAAUUGCUGGAGGACCCGGAAGUGACGGCGGAGAUGGAUCAAACAAUUGUAAGCAGAAGAAACACUGCCUUAAAGCUGGGGGGGAAUGCAAGGGAAAUUGCCUCACAGACGAAGUUACGGUGCCUGGACUGUGUGUUAAAGGGUGCCAAUGUUGUAUUCCUGAGGGUAAGCUGAAAGCUAUGGAGAUGUCACGCGUACCAAUUUCUAACAAUAAGAUCUUCCAGAUUCUUUGGGUAUUGAAGGAGGAGAUGGUGAUGGAGGCACUGAUGACUGUAAACAAAAGAAGUCCUGCGUUCGAACUGGAGGAGAAUGCAAGAAAAACUGCCUUACGAACGAAAUCUCGACGCCCAGUCUGUGUAAGAAUGGGUGCCAGUGUUGCGUUCCUUCAGAAUGUAAACAAAAGAAACACUGCAACCGCGCUGGAGGAAACUGCAAGACGACCUGUGAAAGCACGGAGAUACAGGUCCCUGGACUGUGCAAAAGUGGCUGUCACUGCUGUAUUCCCUCGGGAGGAGAUACAGGAGGCGGAGUUUCAGGCACAGGAGGAGAUACAGGUGGAGGAGGUUCAGGCACAGGAAGUUCAGGAACAGGAGAUACAGGAGGUUGAGGCUCAGGAGGAGAUACAGGAGGUUCAGGCACAGGAGGUUCAGGCACAGGAGGAGAUACAGGAGGUUCAGGCACAGGAGGAGAUACAGGAGGUUCAGGCACAGGAGGAGAUACAGGAGGUUCAGGCACAGGAGGAGAUACAGGAGGGAGGCACCUCCUCUCCAAACCAUCCCAAAGGAGACAGGAGCCUCCAUGUCCUGCAUCUCCUGGCGAGGGAGACUGGAAGAUUGCGACCUACUUCUCUUGAGAUAGAAACUGGUCGCAUGUCCUCACAGACGCCUCAGACAACUGGGCCUCCCUACCCAGGGGUCAAAGCCUGCAAGGGCUAG